UACAUUACAAAUAUGAAUUUGCCACGUUGAAUAUACUACAAAAAAGUUAUAAUAAGAAAGUGCCUUCUCAUAUAGAACACUUAUAUUUCAAUAUGGUUAAAAUCUCUGUAUUCUUAUGUCUUCUUGUCUCUACUAUCGUUUGUUUUUCCGUGGAGGCAAGCGAAUCAAAGAAUGAAGAGGUAACCAAAAAGGACCAAGAAGUCAAGGAAUCAAAAGAUCCAGAAGAGAAACCAGACUUGAAAAUUGAAGUUGUGAGCAUACCGGAGAAAGGAUGCGACAAAGACUCCAGAAAAUCACAGCGGCUAGAUGUCCUUAGCAUGAAAUAUACAGGAUUUCUGGAAAACGGUACAAAGUUUGAAUCGACGGAUGACCACAAUCAAGAGUUUUCUUUUCAACUGGGUGUUGGUCAGGUCAUCCAAGGAUGGGAAAGAGGAAUGCUAGAUAUGUGUGUUGGCGAAAAGAGAAAGUUAACAGUUCCUCCACACCUAGCGUAUGGUGAUAUAGGUGCAGGUGAGCGAAUUCCUCCAUCUUCUACCUUAAUAUUUGAAUGUGAGCUUGUCAAGAUAGAUGACGGACCUAAACCCACCAACGUAUUCACGGAAAUAGAUGCAGACAAGGACGGAUUCAUUUCUAGAAAAGAGGUAUCAGAAUUCUUAAUAAAACACUCUGAAGAAAAAAUAGAAGCAGAAUCAGAAGAACAUCAAAAGGUUCUUGACAAUAUAUUUCUUCAUGAAGAUAAAGAUAAAGACGGUCAGAUAUCUAAAGAAGAAUUUAGUGGACCUAAACAUGACGAGCUUUAGCAUGAUGUAAAUCGUUAAACUGGAUUCAUUUUUACUUAUUUCCCAUUUCGCUUAUAUGUGCUAGUUUCACCAAAACAUCUGUAAUAAAACCAAAAGGUUGCUGUGUUGUAAAAAAAAGUUUCGAGUAAGAGAGAGAGAGAGAGAGAGAGAGAGAGAGAGAGAGAGAGAGAGAGAGUUUUGCCUGUGUAUAAUUGUGGUUGUGUCUUGUAAGAUUUGUCAUUAACAGCAUGUUGUAUGCAUGACAUAGUAAAUAGUUUGUAGCAUUGAAA